AUGGCGGCGGGCGUGGUGGGGCAGACCGCUGAGUAUAUUAAGGCGGGCGCGGCGCUGGCCAGGCACAGGCACCGCAAUGCACACCGCCGUGGUCGCUCUGCUGCUGGUGGCAGCUGCUGCCUGCAUCAAUGCAGCCGCUCUGCAAGUGCCAGUGGUAGCCAGUCUUCCAGCAGUUCCCAGAGUGGUGCCGUAGGAGGAGGGAAAGGCAGCGGAAGCAUCAGUGGUAGCCAGUCUUCCAGCAGUUCCCAGAGUGGUGCCGUAGGAGGAGGGAAAGGCAGCGGGAGUGCUAGUGGUAGCCAGUCUUCCAGCGGUUCCCAGAGUGGUGCUGUAGGAGGAGGGAAAGGCAGCGGGAGCGCUAGUGGUAGCCAAUCUUCCAGCAGUUCCCAGAGUGGUGCGGUAGGAGAAGGGAAAGGCAGCGGGAGCAUCAGUGGUAGCCAAUCUUCCAGCAGUUCCCAGAGUGGCGCAGUAGGAGGAGGGAAAGGUAGCGGGAGCAUCAGUGGUAGCCAAUCUUCCAGUAGCUCCCAGAGUGGUGCUGUAGGAGGGAGUGGGAGCGGAAGUGGUAGCCAAUCUUCCAGUAGCUCCCAGAGUGGCGCUGUAGGAGGAGGGAAGGGCAGUGGGAGCUUCAGUGGUAGCCAAUCUUCCAGCAGCUCCCAGAGCGGUGCCUUCGGAGGUGGCUACGGCGGCCUGAGUGGCAGUGGGAGCAAGUCUUCCAGCAGCUCACAGAGCGGCGCCUUUGGAGGUGGCUAUGGCGGCCUCAGUGGCAGUGGGAGCAAGUCUUCGAGCAGCUCCCAGAGUGGUGCCUUUGGAGGAGGCUAUGGCAGCCUUAGUGGCAGCAAGAGUUCGAGUCAGUCAGCCUCCGAGAGCGUCGGCUAUGGCCACGGUGGCUCCGUGUCGGGCAGCAAGAGCUCCAGCGCAAGUGAAGCCGUCGGCUACGGACGCUGA